GCGGCCGGUAGAGGCGCGUCGGCGGCGGAGGUAAAGGUUGCAGGUGGGAUUCGGGGUCCCUCUUCCCUUCUGAAUAUCUCCGAUGUCCCUCAGGGGUGACCUUAGCGAGCCUGGAGACGCCGAGCCCGAAGCCAGGGGAUCCCGCUGAGAAAGAGUGUCGAGAAACAUGGAGAUGAAUUGUUUAACACUAAAAGACCUGAUUAGCCCGAGACACGGGAAGAUAGAUUACACAAACGAAGAUGGGGAAAGUGCACAAAAGGAAAACAUAUUUGAUCGACCCAGAAUGACCCCAAAGACUCCCAUGAAAAAUGAGCCUAUCGAUUUGUCCAAACAAAAAAAUUGUACUCCUGAGAGAAGCCCAAUUACACCUGUGAAGCUGACAGAUAGGCCUCUAGCAGAUCCAUGGACUCCAACAGCUAACCUAAAGAUGCUUAUUAGUGCUGCUAGCCCUGACAUGCGGGACAGGGAAAAGAAAAAAGAACUCUUCAGACCAAUUGAGAACAAUGAAUUCAGUGAUGCUCUCCCUGAUUCCUCACAGUGUGAUACUGUAGAUGAUGGAACUACAGAUGAAUAUGAAAAGCAAAGACCCAGCAGAAAACAGAAAAGCUUAGGACUGCUGUGCCAAAAGUUUUUAGCUCGCUAUCCUAGUUACCCUUUAUCAGCAGAGAAGACAACAAUUUCUUUGGAUGAAGUGGCUUCCAGUCUUGGAGUUGAACGCAGGCGGAUUUACGAUAUAGUGAAUGUCCUGGAAUCUCUUGAUCUUGUUAGCCGAGUGGCUAAGAAUCAGUAUUGUUGGCAUGGUCGUCACAGCUUGAGCCAGACUCUGAAAAAACUCCAAGAAAUAGGAGAGCUACAAAAAUAUGAAGAACUUAUGACUUCUUUCCAGCAGAAAGAACUCGACUUUGAGUGUAGAUUUGGAGAACACAAAAAAGAGAGCUUUAUAGAUUUCCAAGAGCGACAGUUGCUUGACUUCUCAGAGACAGAUUGUCCGUCUGCAUCUGCAAACAGCAGAAAGGACAAGUCAUUGAGGAUUAUGAGCCAGAAAUUUGUCAUGCUGUUCCUUGUCUCCAAGACCAAGAUAGUCACUCUUGACAUAGCAGCAAAAAUAUUGAUAGAAGAAAGCCAAGAUACAGCCGAUCACAGCAAGUUUAAAACAAAGGUAAGAAGACUGUAUGAUAUUGCUAAUGUCUUGACAAGUCUUGGGCUCAUAAAGAAAGUGCAUGUAACAGAAGAAAGAGGUCGUAAGCCAGCCUUCAAGUGGAUUGGGCCUGUGGAAUUCACUGGAAAUAACGGUGAUACAAAAAUGGAAGUUCGAACCUGUGCUACUCUUACUGAAGUGAAAAGAGCAACACGUGUUCCACAUCAAGCUUGCUCUAAUAGAAAAGAUCGACUGUCACGCCAUGCUUCUUUCAGCGUUCCUCAGCCUUCUGAACUGGUCAAGAGAAAAGUUAGUUCUGAGCCAAGCAGUCCACACAAAGAAAGGCAAGACGAUUACUGUUCCAAAAUGAUAAACCUAGCAUCUGUUUGCUGCCAGAACUUGGAAGAUAAUAAAAGUAGAAGUAUUGAAGCAGCAAGAAAUAUGAGCAUCAUUCCUUCCUUCUCAGUUCUUCCUGUUCCAGAAGAUUCAGACUAUUGUGCUAAUGCCUUCCCUCGCUUUCCUGAAAAGACCAACUCAAACACACCACAUUGGUCUUUAGCAAAUGGAAGAAACAAUCAAAAUUUACCAUCAUCUGUUGUACCAGCUUCCAAAACUGAGACUGGAAAAACCAAUGUGCUCCCCAGCCAACCUUUCGUUUACCUGCCAUCUCCAUCUCUUUAUAUGUUGUGUGGCAAACUUCAUGAAAGCCAGCCAAGGGAAAGCUUUCCAGAAAAGAGAAGUGAAGACCUGGAGGGCCACAUUUCACCCUGCUCAACAGAAACUGCCAAAUCUCCAGCUAACUAUCGCAAGCGGAGUUCUCAAAAAUGUGUACCUACCACUGCAGCGCCAGCUGAAGAGGAACCUAUAGCCAAAAGACAAAGCCUGGAGCAGAGCGAUGGCCCUAUUUCAUUAGUAGUAUCUAAGAAGACCAUUCAGCCAGUAGAUGCAAAGUCUUCUCCAGACAACAUCUGCAGCUCCCUUGACCAACAAAGAGGCUUUCAACUUGAAUCAGGGACUUCUGACAUUCUGGAAACUGCCAUAACAGAAACCCAGGACCAAGAAGAACCAUAUAGGAGUAAAGACUUAAAGGAAAACUUGAAAGAAAAGGAACAGGCUUCUCAGGAAAAUGGCAAACCAUCUUUUCUACCACAGUAUCUCUACGUACAGCCUACAGCUGGAUUAAAUGGUUUUAAUUUCCUGUUUCCUACCAACCAAGCUCCUGCUCCUGUCAGCCUACCUUCAAGCCGCAUGCCUUCACUUAAUGUUCCCUGUAUGAUGGUUCCAUCUACUGCAUUGGCACCAUUCCCUCUUAUCUAUUCCUCAGCAGUAACAAGCCAACUUCAUUCUUCAUCUUCUGGCUCUUUCCCAAAUGUCACUUGUGUGAAUUUUAGUAUGCCUGGCUUGACUUCUACACCUCCUGUUUUCAUUGGAACCCCUGCUGUAGUAACUCCAAAUUCAUCACAAUUACCUACACUGGAACCACACCAGCAGUUUCAUUCAGCUGUACAUCUGAAUACUCUCCUUGGAUCUGCUUGCAACUCCGUUAAAACAGACCCAUCAAUUUGCAUGGGACAUCCAGUCACCCUUCUGAAAUUACCACAGCCUUCUACAACUCCACUAACUCCUAAGAAUAUGCGUCCAACAACUCAAGAAACAUUUUUCAAGACACCUGGCAGCCUAGAAGAUCCUCUUAUAUGGCGGAAAAAUGAAGGCAACCAGAGCAGAACAUCAAGUUCUGUUCAAAGAAGAUUAGAAAUCUCCAGCAAAAGCUCUGACUGAUCCAUCCCAUUACUGCAAUAUGGGUAGCUUAGAAAAGUCUUCUGCUUAUUACAGAAAAAACAAUUAUUGCAUUAAAAAAAGAAAAAAUGUUUUAAAAUAUUGUUCCAUAGGCACAUUUGCCCACUGUGCAUUGCCCAUUAUUGUUAACUUUCUCCCUCAUGAAUCACCCUACUUGUAUAAAUAUCAAUUUUGAUUAGAAUUCUAAUUAUGCAGAUGCAGAUAUAAGGAAGCAUCAAAUUCUAUUCCAGGGCUGAAAAAAUAAAAUGUAUCAGUGAUAUGAGCGAGUUUAACUGUGAUCCAAAGUCUAAAACUUGGGGAGCGGGGCUGGCUAGCACUUAAAUAGUGGGAACACUCUUUACAAGGGCUCUAUUUAUCCUGUGGGGGGGGGGGUGACUGGACAGGCAGCAAGAACAGUAGUGUAGUCUGCUGAGUCUGAUUUAGUCAAAAACAUUUGCAACUUCAAAGCAGACUUUUGCAGAGUACUUGAAUGCGACUGACGGAUGUACAAUUUUUCCUGCACUUGUUAAGAAAAAAAUCUAAUAAUCUACAGUAAUGAACGAAUGUACUCACAGGAAAUACUUUAAGGCCAAAAUGACUGUGAACUUAUUUUUGUAUUAAUGAACUUUGUAGUUUCUGUUGUCUUUUUUUCUGCACAAAAUGUUCAAGUUCGUUAGUUGUCACAAAAGCUUGUUCCUAAAACUGUAGAGGCUAACAGGUUGUUUCAAGAAUCAUCAGCCUCUAAAAUGUUUACUUCAAAAUGUAGCUCAUCCCUAAUUUAAAUAUGAGUGAGCUACAAUCCUUGAGCCAGACUUCUUUUACAGCAUUACACAGAGCUCAUCUUAUCUGCAAUUCUGCCAAAGGAACUGAAAGAAUUAUCUUUGACUGAUGUGACUGUAUUGUGUAGUUGUAUGACUUCCACAAUUAAUAUGCCUAAUGUUCAUUAAGAAACACUUUAAGCACAGUAUUUAUGGCAUGAGUGACAUUGAGGUCAGAAGGAACAUAUGAUGUAGGAGAUGGAAGACCUGCAACCUAAUAUGAGUUAAAUUAAUCAAUGCACCAUUUUUUUUAAUUAACAGAAGAACAGGAGAAAUAGAGAAUACGUCUUAACUGGUAGUCCACAAGUUUAGGAUAUUGACACUUGAGGGCAGUUCAUAUUCACAAAGUAAUUACUAUAGUGUUAAAAAACGUAAUAGAUUAAAAUACCUUAAUGGGACAGAUACUGGAUUUUAAAAAUUAUCAUGUUACUUUGAGUUUAUAAUCAAGUAAAUGGCUUUUUUUAACCUAGAAUGACUUUGAAUUCAUGAUGUAUGUUUCUUAUGGUCAGACACAUUUUCUGAUAUAUCAUUUCAUUAAGUUUUAGGAAGAAUUAUGGCUUUAGUAUGUUUAAUUUUGAAUAAUGGAAUAUAUUACCAAAAUAAGGUUAAAGAUGAACAGUUUUAGUGGAGCUGAAAUUGAGAACAUAAUUUCCUUGUAAGAACCUUACAAGGAGGGUAUUUGAUAAGACUUACAUUUCUUAAAUCUCAGCAGUAAAAUUGUAUUGGGAGAUUUACUGUUAAUUUAAAAAAUACUUUACACUACAGAAUUUGCAGGUUUAUGUGCCUUUAUCCUAGUACAUAUGUGUGCAUUCAAGUGUGGCCCAAUGGAAUGAAGUUUUCUGCUUGCAGCAAGAACUGCAGCAAGGAGCAACUUGCGUUUCUGUUCAUCAGCUUGUCAAGUCAAUACCACUGUAGGCUCAGAGCAGACUAUUGCUAUUAGCAGACAGACCAUGCAAUGUGCCUGUUCCUUAUCAGUCUCUCACCACCUUGUUUCAGUGUAGGGAAAGACGAAGACUGGUUUAAAGCUCUCAAAUAUAAAAGACAAUGUGUUUUAUUUUGUUUUAUAAUUGACUAUCCUUUCAUGUUCCCUGCUUCUUGGGCAAGUUGGCUAUGUUGGUUUCAUAGGACAAGGAAACUGAAAGUGAACUAAUUUCACUGGCACAGCUUCCUUCGGUUAAUGUAUUUAUUCAGGCAUCCAGCUUCGCAAAACUCUUGGGUUCAGAUAGAACAAUCUGUGAGGCAUUAACGCUUGUGAAAUGCUGCCAUGAACAUUUGGACCAGUAAAGGGCAUUGUUUCCUGGGAAGAGAUGGGAAGUUCCUCUGCGUUUGAACUGUUUAAACCUUUGCUAAGUGCACCAGUAGCACAAUCUCUGUCGGUCUUGCAGCUUCUACCUGUUGGGUCUAAUAAGGAGGCUGAAGGUCUUCUCGUGGCAUGAGCAAAAGCGGGAUCCUAAGGGCUAUGGUACACUGGGGAGGAAAGCCAAAUCAAAUCCAGGGCAAACAUAGAGGAAGGGGAAAUGUAUUUUGUUCUUUUUAUCAAAGGCACUGGCAAGAUUAUCCCUGUUGUAUGCAGGAAUGAAGCUUGAUGACCAAGAGCCUCUUGCCUGAUAGGAUGCUGGAGUAAUUGUGAUUCCAAUAACUAUUUCCAUAAAGCUAUGGCAAAAGUGCUUCAAGAAAAAGGGGUCCAUAGCUUACACUGACACAGGUGCGUACGUACAGCACUAAAUUGUGCAGGAUUUCAGGGCUUUUAAAACCUUCAUGUUCUGGUACUCAAGUGUUUGCUGGGGGGAGAGGGUGUGUAUAACUUAUAUACUUGAAUCUACAUACCACGUUUACAUUUCUCAAUUUAUGUAAAAGGUGCUAUUCCUGUAUUUAAAAAGCCGUGUGUGUUUUGUAAUGUAAAGCUGCUUUAUGUUUAUAACAUUGCACUGCUUGUUUAUUAUCUUGAUAUUAACUUUACAACCGCUUGUGGAUUUCCUUCACUGAACAGAAAUUACUUCUGUCUUAGGUUCCUUGCUACACUCUGCAUAUAAAACUAUUAAGAACACACACUGUUGUUGGGGGAGCAUAUUUUUAUACUUUCAGUUAGAGAA